GCACUGCUCACUUGGCGACGAACGAUAAGCAAAUGCGAACGUUGCUGGGUUUCGUAUCUUUCAGUUUGUUUGAUCAGUUCGAAAAGUGAAGUCGAAGUCGCAAGCGAAAAUUCUACUUUGUGCGUUGAGCGAAAGACGCCACAGGCAAUACAAGAAAAAUAUAGAAAAAACGAAGACGAAUUAAAUACGAAAAAACAUAUACGAAUGUGGCUAAAACCUAACUGUAGUUCGAUGCAUAACUUUUAAGGACUUUUGCGCGUUGAAGCCUUGAUUCGGCGAACAUUUUUAAGUUUUUCGUGUGACAUUUUUUCGUUGCCUGUUUUUUUGAGAAAACCCAUUGAACACCGUUCGUGCGCCGUGAAGUUGGUGUAUUCGCGCACACGAGGGAGUCAAAACUCUACCAGCCUGUUAGAAAGACACAUACAUAUAAAAGAAACACUAUCACACAAGUAAAAAACAUUUAAAUUUACACAACAACUGCAAAUCAACACUCAAUACGUCUUUAGGUAACGCAUUGCAGAAGAAAAUUGCAGGAAAUUGCAAAAUUUGCAAAUCAAAAACUACUUAAAAGCUCUCUGAUAUAACAUAUAGAUUGCCAUAUACGUAUGUAUGUACAUAUGUGCACGUCAAGCAGGCGAUCGCUGCCAAUCGUUUAUGAACUGAAGCGCAUGUGAAUCGAGUGCCAAUGAGUGAUUGAACAGAGGCACAGCGGCAGCCACCAACGGAGCGCUAUAACUGCACAAAAUGUUGGCGAGACAAAUAGCGCCUUAGUUGCUAGAAACAGCCGAUACACGCUAUUUAAAAUAAGCAAACAAAACAAACACACACAUACAUACACUUAAACUACAAACAACAAAAAAGACAAAGCAAAAUACAAUAAAUAAACAGAAUUGUGCAAAACACGCUCAAGGUGCACGAGUGGAGCGUUAAAGUGUCAGUUACAAACGGCAAAGUGUUGCUUAAGUAACAACAACACCAACAACGGCAACAACAAUAACGAAACUCAUAAUAAAUUCGAGGCGACAAACAACAGCUCGAAAACAACGUCGAAAAAUAAUAAGAAAAAAAUUAUAUUUUUCCUCAAAUCAAAAAAAAUUAAAAAAAUUUACAACAAAAUGUUGCCACACACAAUCCUGCUAGCGCUGCUGCUUUGCUGCCAACAGCUCAGCCCCGCACGGACGACACGCCUGCCGCUGGAGGUGUACGAGCUGACGGCAGCCGCCGCAGCCACCGCCUGCAGCGCGGCCGAUGACAGCAGCGCCGAUACGCGACACAGAAACUUGGAAUAUGCCACAGUCAAUGCGAAAAUGUUGCAGCAAGCCGCAGCAGCCAGCAAUUCGGCGGUGUCAGCGACAACAACAACAAUAGCAACGCAAGCCGCCGCGGCAAUUGCAACGGAUUCACAGCAUGCGGCAGCAGGUGCGCCGUCUGCAAACCAACACACGCAACAACAAGCGAAGCAACAGAGCGAUCUGCUUCUGGAUCAGCGACGUUCACGUCAGAUGUUGGAGAUCAUCGAGCAGCAACAACGCGAGCAUCAGCAGCACAAUUACCAUCGUGAAACGCUGUUGCAGCAACAACAACAGCAGCUAAAGCUCUCCAAAACCGCCAGUCCUUUCGCAGUAUACGAAAAGGAUAACAACAGUUAUAACCGGCAAAGACACGGCGCUGGUCGUGCGGGCGUACAAGAUGUACGCGUACUUUACCAAGUCGGGGACUCCGAAGACGAUCUGCCGAUAUGUGCGCCGAACGCCGUUUGCUCCAAGAUCGACUUGUACGAGACGCCGUGGAUUGAGCGCCAGUGCCGCUGCCCUGCAGUUAAUCGCCAGCCACACAUCGUGCUGCACCACCACGCCCACCACAGCGCUGGCGAUGCAGGCGUACUGACGUCACAUGCCGCUACUGCUGCCGCCGCGCACGACAAAUACCGUAGCUACUAUGAGCGGGAGCGCCUGUUGCAACAUAAACGACUGCUGGUUGGUGAUUACAACGACAAGAAAUUCGAGCAACUGCAUUUGAAGAAGCUAAUGCAGCGUCUGGGCGCAGUCUAUGAAGAGGACUUGCACCUGCCGCCUAGUGAUUAUGCGGCAGCAUCAGUUGCCUCACAUAGUGAGGAUAACGAUGCGCUGCCGAAUUCGCAGGAGGAUGAGUUACUGAGUGAGCUGAGCGACAAUGAGUUUCCACAUACGCCUUCGCGUCGUAAUUACUACAGCGUUGAGCCGAGCACGGCGCAUAUGCGGCACUCGGGUCACAAUGGACAUCGUGCAAAGGAGCCGAUCAACUACAUUGGUGGCUGUCCCAGCGGUUUGGGUGUGGAGGAUGGGCACACCAUUGCCGAUAAGACGCGUCACUAUAAGAUGUGCCAACCGGUGCACAAGCUACCCGUCUGCAAGCAUUUUCGCGAUUAUACGUGGACGCUGACCACUUCGGCGGAGCUGAAUGUGACCGAGCAAAUAGUGCAUUGCCGUUGCCCGAAGAAUUCAGUGACAUAUCUGACGAAAAGAGAACCGGCGACAGAUGGCGCGAGUGGCUACACAUACCUCUUUGCAUGUUCACCCAUAACACGCAUACGCUGCCAACGUAAGCAACCCUGCAAACUUUUCACGGUACGAAAGCGUCAGGAGUUCCUCGACGAAGUAAACAUCAACGCGCUGUGUCAGUGCCCGAAGGGACAUCGCUGCCCCAGCCAUCACACACAAUCGGGCGUUAUACCCGGCGAGAGCUUCCUGGAGGACAACAUUCAAACCUACUCGGGCUACUGCAUGGCCAAUGAUUGAUGGUCUUCGGCGGCACCGAUGGGCAAAAGACGACAACAACGAAAGCGAAAAUUCAAAAAACAUAAAAAGCAAAAGCAACAACCACAGGUGAAGCCGCUGCAGCAGAGCGAAAUGAGCACUGGGCAGCUGACCACAUUCCAACUACAGUUAUAUGUGGGCAUUACAGUGCAGGCGACAGCAAGGGUACAAAGAAAAACAUUUGAUACAAAUUAAAAGUAAAAUACACACACAUAAGAGUAAUAAGAAGUGAGAAGUGCGAGUUGCAAGCAGCCACAAGCGAAAAUUUAGUCAAAAGGAGAAUGUUAAGGAAAAAGCAACAAACAAAUAGUUGACUGAGCCAGUUGAGUCUCGUCUUUUUUAUGAAUUAACAUUUAAGUAAAUGCAAAUUAGUGUUAAAAAUUGUUUUGCUUACUUAAAAUAUUUAAGUUAAAUUAUAAUUAAUUUAUAAACAACAACAACAAAUAUGAAUAUGUUAAUAUUUAUUUAAUUAAGCUAUUUUAUUGGUAAACUAAGCGCAGCUACGGGGAGUAAACGACGAGUCGUUAGUAAUUACACACACAUAAAUACAACUAAAAGUAUAUAGCUUAACACAUACAUACACAAUUAUUGCCUUUGCCUAGUAUAGGGUGUGCAGAAAGUGGAGUUUUGUAAAUUGUAAAUAAUUUAAAGUCGCGUAAAGUUAAACUAUUAUUGAUAAAGUUACUAAAAUACAAACAAGAAAGGCUAAAAAAAUUUAUAAAAAUAAAAAGAAAAAUUAAGAAAAGAGAAAAUAUUAGCCAAGCGUGCCAAUUAUAGGGUGCAGUCUUAAUUAAUUCUAUUAAGUUAUGAAAAUCAGGUACUCAGUAACUUACCAAGCAAAGCAAGAAUCAAUAUGAAAAACGAAAAAACACAUAAAGACAAGCUGAAUUGUACCUGAAAGCAGUUUUAAAGGAAAUAAAGCGCAAAAAAUGCGAAAAGUAAACGAAAGAAAUAAAGUAGCAGGCAGAUAGUUACUAACGUAACAAGAAUAAAAUAAAGCAAAAUAAAUAUUGAAAAAAAAAUAAACUGAAUAUGUAAAAAUAUUAAUUUGUAAAUAUAGAAUUUAAUAUUUAAAAAUUCUUUUUUAAUAGAAAAAUAAUAUAACACAAUAACUUUUAUAAUGAAAAACAGUAUAAGCAUACUUCAAAAAAAGCAAAAAAAAACAAUGAAGUAAAAAUAUUUAAACCGUUAAAAAUACAACAAAAUUUCACUGAAUUUUUUUUCUUAGAAAACUUAAAAAAUUAAAAAAAAAUCAAAACAAUAAAAAUAUUAAAGUAAAAAAAUGUUCAAACCAUUAAAAAAUACAAAAAAAUUUGAUCUGAACUUUUUUUUUAUAAAACUUAAAAUUUUCAAAACAAAACUUAAAAAAAAGAUAAUAAUGUAAACAAAUUUCGAAACCAUUAAAAAAAUACAACCAAAUUGCAUUGAAAACUUUUUUAUAAAACUUAAAAAAUUUCAAAAAAAAAAUCAAAUACCAUUUUUUUAGCCUCCACUGUGCCUACGUCUAAAUUACACUAGCAUAUAAUAAUUUAUUCGAUUAGCUUUUAUUGCUUAGCCAACUAUUUAUAUGUGUAAAUUAUUAAUUUAAAUUACAAAUAUAUAAAACGAAACGAAAAAAUGCAAAAAAUAAGCAGCGACACGCGCUAGCACUUAGCCACAGCAAUGCUUCCAACAGUCUUUAAGGCCCUUCACAUUUGAGCGCAGCAUUAAUUCAUACAGACACACACACACACGAAAACAUUUAAAUUGGCACCAAAAUUAGUUCGUAAUGGAAAAAUGCAUAAUUUAAAAAUAUUCAAAGUUAAUUUUAAUUUUAACACACACAUGCACAUAGACACACAUGUGUACUAAUGUUUAAUUUAGCUGUAGACUCCACUUUAAGUUGCGGUGUGAUUGAGUUUCUUUUCUAUUGCCUUUAUAUAUGUACAUAUACAUAUGUACAUUACAUUUAUAUUUUGUUUUUGUAUAAAGACCUAUUUAUAUGGAGAUUUGAAAAUUUAUACAUAAAUAUAUACGCAAUGAUGAUUAACUUAUAA